AUGCCCAGGAACGUCUGCUUUCUCUUCAUCUAUACUCUAAAGAAUAUGGAAAGCACAAAAGCGGUUGUUCCCGGUGAUACUUUGUACGAAGCCAAGGAAGGAUACGAGUGCGGGAGAGGAGUCUACGAACUGAAAGGUUUUAUACGGGCAGCGAGAGUUGGUUACGUUUUUGUCAAGGAACAAACAUUAUCAGGUGCUAAUAAACCUACGAAACUUGUCGAAGUGCUCAAUUAUGAUGGUUCAUUCACAUACCAUGCUCCUUUCAUUGGUGCUUUGGUUACUGCAAAAGUGGUAGAGAUAGGCGACAAGUCAGCAAAGUGCAGUGUAUUUCGAAUACAAGAAACAAACUUACAACCGGGAGCUACAUUCACUGCUUACAUACGGAAAGAGGCUAUGCGAUCGGACAUGAAAUUGGAUCAAUUUCGCGUGAGAGACGUUGUUCUUCCGGGAGACUAUGUAAUAGCUACCGUCAAAUCAAUGGGAGAUUCACACUAUCUCCUCUCUAUCGCCGAUAGCCGUCUCGGUGUAGUAGCUGUAAGAAGUCGAAAUGGAAAUUCUUGGGUACAGCCUACUGGAAAUAACCUAUCUUUUCCACGAAAAGUAGCCCUUAUACCCAAUACUGUGCCUAAACUUGAUAGUGUUGCUGUUUCAACAGCUUAGCUGUUGUUGUUAUUGUCCCUCAUGAAUUGUACAUAAAUGAU